UAAAGAUAUUCCAUUCAUAACGGAAGUGGUCACGUUGCAAUCAUGGCGUCCUCCAGUGCACCGAGAGGCAACGUGAUAACUCCUUAAAAUGAGAAACCCUUGGUUUACUGGGACGAUAAACAUCGGUAUCAUUUAAUUGCAACAAAUCAUACUUUAAAAAAAUACGUCCGCACUCACGGGCGUUUUCGUUCAAAGACUGAUUAUUUCCUGAUCAGCACAGAAAUGGCUUCAUUUAAACCUACAAAAAUCCAAGUCUAUCCUAAACUUGGAGAAAAAGUCACACAAGACACACUGUACUGGAAAAACUACAAGGCUCCGGUCCAGAUAAAAGAAUUUGGAGCAAUCACAAACAUAGACUUCUCUCCAGUGGCUCCGCAUAACUUUGCGGUGACAGCAUUCACAAGAAUCCACAUUUACGGGCCGUUCUCCCAGGAGCCUGUUAAGACAUUUACGCGUUUUAAAGAUACUGCAUACUGUGGGAGGUUCAGGUCAGACGGCCAGCUGCUCGUGGCGGGAUGUGAGGACUCUGUGGUCCGGCUGUUUGAUGUCAGUGGCAAGGUGGCACUCAGGAUGUUUAAAGGACACACAAAGGCUGUACAUAUCACAGACUUUACCUCAGACCGUUACCAGAUUCUCACAGGGUCAGACGACUACACCUGUCGACUUUGGGACAUCCCGAAUGCCACUGAGCUUAACACCUACCAAGAACACACAGAUUACAUUCGCUGUGGCAUCACAAGCAAACUCAACAGAGAUCUCUUCUUUACUGGAUCUUAUGACCACACACUGAAACUGUUUGAUGCCAGAGCGGAUAAGAGUGUGAUGACCAUGGACCAUGGCCAGCCAGUGGAGAGUCUGCUUCUCUAUCCUUCUGAGGGACUCCUCGUCUCUGCAGGGGGGCGCCAUGUGAAAGUGUGGGAUCUGCUAAAAGGAGGUCAGCCUCUGGUAUCACUGAAGAACCAUCACAAAACUGUCACCUGUUUGUGUCUCAGCAGCAGCGGACACAGACUGCUGUCAGCUUCUCUGGACAGGCAUGUAAAGGUGUACAACACCACCAACUAUAAAGUGGUCCACAACUUUGACUACGCUGCCUCCAUCCUCAGUCUGGCUUUGGCUCCGGAUGAUGAGUCCAUCGUUGUUGGUAUGACCAAUAGUAUCCUGAGCAUCAAACACAGGAAAAGCCUUGAUGAGUCGAAGGAAAUCUCCGGCCAACAGAGACGACAGCCGUCAUAUCGUGUUUUUGUGAAAGGGAAGAACUACGUCCCUAAACAGGAUGAUUAUCUCGUCAGCAAGCCAGUGAAACAGCAUUUGGCCAAAUAUGACAAGCAGCUCAAGAAAUUUAAUGUAUCGAAGGCUUUGGAUACAGCUCUGGAGACAUGGACAAGACUGAGAAAGCCAGAGAUUACAGUUGCUGUUAUAAAGGAGCUGGAUCGAAGAGGAACAUUGAAGAAUGCUCUGGCAGGACGGGAUGAACAGGGGCUCGCUCGGUUGCUCAACUUCCUCAUAGGGAACGUGGUUGACCCCAGGUUUGCUCCUGUCCUCGUAACAGCGGCUGAGAUGAUCCUGGACAUUUAUCAAUCCGUAAUUGGACAGUCGCCAGUUGUGGACCGGCAGCUGCUGCGUCUGCAGGAGCUGCUGGAGAGAGAGAUUGAUUACCAGCAGGACCUCCUGGAGGUGCUGGGCAUGUUGGACACAAUGUUUGCCUCCUCCCUCCCUCGGAAGGAGGUGCCAUGUCCUGGCGUCAGCAGGGCUAAUGGCCUGGCUCAGGGAGAAUCGAGUAUCUCAAGACCACAGGGUCAGGCCACCUGAGGCUUGUAGCGGGGAGAAGCGGCUUUAGACUGGGUUAGAGUGCCUUUACAACUCUAAAAACAUCUUUUUGAAACAUCAGUUACAAAUUUCCAACAUUACCAAACAAACAUUUUGGUACAGGUUUUAAGAGACUUACAAACCCAUGGGCUCACUCUGGUGUUUUAACGCUGCGUGACUGAAAACACAAAAGGAAACACAUAGAACAUGCAUUUACUGUAUGAAGAAUUUCUGUGUGAAUGUGAAGCGAGGUUGUUUUUAUUGGAAGUAUUGUCAUUACACUUUCAAAACUAAAUGUGGUGUGUGUCUGUGUGCGCAAGCUUGUGUGUUUGAGUGAUUUCACUGUUAAUGGCGGCUUUGUGUUUUCAUAAUUAUUUGGCAUUGGCAAAUGUUUUAUAACCAGAUAAA